UCUCUCCACAAACAGUUGCUCAAACCCAUCCUCUUCAAAUGGCUACUCCUCCAAUCUUCUUCCCCCUCCUCCUAAUCCUAUCAUCAGCCCUACUCUCAGUCAAAUCCAACACAGCCAUCAUAGAGACAACUUGCAAAACCACAAACUACUACGACCUCUGCGUCUCAGCUCUCAAGUCAGACCCAAGAAGCCCCACAGCCGACACAAAAGGUCUCGCCGCCAUUAUGGCCAGCGUUGGCAUGGCAAACGCCACAGCAGCCGCCACUUACAUCACCGGGAACCUAACCACCGCCGCAAAAGACACCGUCCUCAAGAAGGUCUUAAAAGAUUGCUCAGACAAGUACACUCUCGCAGCUGAUUCACUCCGGCUAACGAUUCAAGAUCUUGAUGAUGAAGCUUAUGACUAUGCUUACAUGCAUGUGUUGGCGGCUCAAGAUUAUCCUAAUGUGUGCCGGAAUAUUUUCCGGCGAGUUAAGGGUCUGGUUUAUCCGGCGGAGAUUAGCCGGCGUGAAAUGAGUUUGAGAAGUAUCUGUGGUGUUGUCUCCGGGAUUCUUGAUCGGCUGGCUGAAUAA